AUGGAGACCAUCUACGACGAAAUCGAGAUCGAGGACUUCACCUUCGACCCCAUCACCCAGUUGUUCCAGUACCCCUGUCCUUGUGGCGACCGUUUUGCCAUUGCGUUGGACGACCUCAAGGAUGGCGAGGACAUCGCCGUGUGUCCUUCGUGUUCUUUGAUGGUGAGAGUGAUCUUUGAGCCUGAGGACCUCGAGGAGUUCGAGGAGGAGUUGAAGUGA